GAGUUUGGAAUCAUUUUUUCCAUCACAUCUGUGAAAUGUUUUUACUCCUUUAAUCUUCAUCUGAAACAGCUUCAGGAAUGAGCAGCCUCACAGGAUUUCUGCACCAGCAAGUCUGAAUGUGUCGGUGCUCGUUCCUGACAUCAGGCUCGAAUCUUCACACAGUCGCAUUCCAGGAUGGGAAGACGGCGAAUACGGGACCCAUGACCCGGAGAGGACAAGAGGGGGGAGAAAGAGAGACACAAAGACGGGAGACCUGACAUCAGACAGGACCAUGGUGGUUCCACGCUGUUGUGUGAUGCUGCUGCUUCUCCACGCUCAGGCAUGGACGGCGGGUGCUGUCAGCUUCAUCAGUCCGUACAUUAAACAUUACGAGGUGUUGUCCUACGACACGGAGGAUCUUCACAGGAAGCAUCUGAGAGCUCGGAGAGCGACGCAGCCCGAGGACGGCACCCUGCACCUGAACUUCACCGCUUUUCAGCGGACGUUUCAUCUGAUUCUGAAGCGAGAUGCUUCCGUGUUUUCGGAGGAUUUUUCUGUGGAAAGUGGAAACGGCUCUGCAUCCGUCGACCUCUCACACUUAUAUUCAGGAUCAUUAAAGGGUGAGCGUGGCUCGGCCUGCUACGGCUCAGUGUUGCAGGGACAGUUUGAGGGAACCAUCCAGACAGGAAACAGAACCUACCACAUAGAGUCGGUCCACAGAUCCACCGGCAGCCCGACAGAUCGCCUGUCCAUAAUCUACCGCAAGGACGACAUGGUCCUUCCACAAAGGAUGCCUCCCUCUGACGGAUUCUGUGCGGCGCAGCAUCUCAACAUCCUCGGCCUCAGGCCCGUUGAGGAGGCAACGGUGAGCCGUCCUAGAAGAACAAUCGAUGAGUCGAAGACCAGCUGCCUGCUCCACCUCCAUGUCGAUCAUCUCUACUACAACAAGUUCAAAUCUGUUGAAGCUGUUGUGGCUCAGGUUGCCUUCUAUAUACGAGCCGUUAACGACAUCUUCGACAAAGCCGACUUUGAAGGGAUCAACUUGAUCAACUUCAGAGUUAAAUCUCUUCAUGUGAUGACCGAGGAGGAUGAAAGCGAUCCUCUGAACCCAUUGUACAUCGGGCCUGAGAAGUUGUUGAGUCUGUUCUCCGAGAACAACUGGGGCAACUUCUGUCUGUCGUACCUGCUGACUAACCGGGACUAUAGCGGAGUCUUGGGGCUUGCCUGGGAAGGCAAAGCUGGUAACUGGGGAGGAAUUUGUUCACAGUACACCACCCUCCAUAACGGCCCCAUGUCCACCCUCAACACGGGGCUCAUAACCAUUCAGAACUACGGGGAGAUCCUGCCCCCUCGUCUGGUCGCGCUGACCGUGGCUCAUGAACUGGGCCACAGCCUGGGAUCUCCGCACGACGAGGGCUUGAACUGCGGGGACCUGGGGUCCAGCGGGGGCAAAGGUCGCUACCUGAUGUUUCCUCAAGCCACGGAUGAGGUGCGGGAAAACAGCGACAAGUUCUCGCCGUGCAGCAUCAAACACAUCAGCAGCAUCCUUAAGCUGAAGAAGGACGACUGCUUUGAAGUCAGUCAUCAGCCCAUCUGUGGAAACCACAUAGUGGAGGACGGCGAGGAGUGUGAUGUUGGUCAGAACGACACAGACCUCUGCUGCUACAGCGCCAAGGAGCCUGUGGGAGUCCAGUGUCAACUCAAACCGCUGAAAGCUUGCAGUCCAAGCCAGGGUCUGUGUUGUCGUCCGGACUGCCAGUUCAAGCCCGCCACUCAUUUGUGUGACGAGGAGACGGACUGUCAGGAGGCCAGCUUCUGUUCAGGCCUCUCGUCCAUCUGCUCCACACCAGCGGCGAAGGAGAACUUCACCGUCUGCAGCCAGGGCACACGCAUCUGUCUGAACGGGGUCUGUGCCCAGUCUGUGUGUGUGAAGCACGGCCUGCAGCAGUGUGGGUGUCCAGGAGACUCCAUGAGGGAGAAGUGUCACUUGUGCUGCCAGCAGCCCGACGAGCCCGGGACGUGUGUCAGCUCCACCUCCCCAACGCUGUCCGCAUAUUUUCCGAACAGAUCGUUGCCCCUCGUGGGCGGAGCUCCGUGUUCGCAGAAUCAAGGUUACUGCGACAAAUUCCAAGUUUGUCGCCUGCUUGACGCAGACGGGCCCAUCGCCAGACUGAAGAACUCCUUCCUCCAUUUGGACGACUUUGAUGACAUGGCUGAGUGGAUGAAGGCACAUUGGUGGGCCAUCCUGCUGGUCAUCCUGACGCUGUGUGCUGUGAUGGGCGGCACCGUCUGCUUGUGUAGCCAAACCCUCAACACCCGCGACCUGGACUGACCCUUAACCUCUGACCCCUGCCACCGUUUGAAGCAUGCCUCGCUGUUCACCAACUAACCAGUUUAGUCAACACGCUCUGCAGUUUAAAAGGACCUGGAUGGAGUCCUUCGUCAGUUUGGGGUCUCCAGAUGACCUCUGAUGACAUCCAGCACCUGCUCAGCGUCUCUCAUGCCGGCGUGUCACCGGAUAUCUCUGGUGUGCCACCGAGCGUCUGCGCCUCCUCCCGCCUGGGGAACGUCUCCCAUCAGCAUUCAGGAGUGCUCCUGUCGUGCAUGGACUGUGGAAAAUGUGGCUGCCAACUGUGGGAAGGGUCAGACCGGCUUCUCUCAGAGGGAUCUGCAUUGUGAAGGGCGGCGGCUCGCCGUCAGCAACAGCGACGCAAAUAAACCGUUUCUGCUUCGGUGAAACAUAAACUAAUGCAGGAGGUUUUUCUGGCUCCACUUCUAUUGAUGUGUGUGACGUUUUUAGAUCGUGGGAGGAAACUCUUUGACUUUUACCAUUGAUUUCAGAGGUUUGUCUCCCAUCAUGCAUCAGCACACCUGUGCAGAAACAAACUGCAAUAAAAGUAGCCUAAAAAUAUCUAAAUUAACAAUAAACUUAAGAAUAAAUCACUAAAAAGCAGUAAAAUGAUCUUUGUAUGCAACCAGUUAAAACCUCUGAUAAGAUAUCGAAAUCUAGAAACACGAGCGUUCAAAAAGUGAAAAAUAAUCUAAAAAAAAAGAUAGAAUUACCUCAAGUUUAAUUUUUCACAACCCAAUUAUAAUUUUUUCUUUUGUUAGUUCAAAGCAAAUGGUUUGUAUUUUUUGGUUUUCGUGAAUCUAAAUUGUAGUUUAUUUGAUUCGAGUGACAAAAGACUAAAGCAAAGGAUUCAUCUUGGCCCACAGCCUGAAGUCCACAUCACUCCACACACAAAACAUGGAACCAACCGUUUCCGGUUAAAAACAAAACAAAAAAAACAUUUUGGAAAGUAAAAGUAAUUUACAGAAACCAAAAGGACAUUUUAAAACACGAAGCACAAUAAGAACCAGGAAAAGAUGUGGAUCAUAAUGUUUGUCUAUUAUUCCAACCGAAUGUUAUUUGACAUGAAGCUGACAUGAACAUACAUUUUCUUAUCGGGUCUUUUUUCAAAUGUUUCAAUUUGCUUUCCAAAAUGUUUCUUUUGUUCUCGUUUUUUUAUGUUUUGGUUUCUAAAAAUGUAAAGCUUUUUUUUUUAAAUAUUUUUUUCUUUUAUUGUAGUUGGGAUCAAAGCAAUGUUUUGGCUUUGAGUAGAUUGAAGUGUUUUGAACUUCAGGGCCACCGUAGAAAAUUACAAGCUGGCCCAUCUCAGUGAAUCCUCGUAAAUUUUUAAACUAGCACUUUUCCUUUUUUUCUUUCCAAAAUAACAAUGAAUGGCAGUCAACAUUUUCUGAACUUUAAAAGAAAAUAAAUUAAAAGUGAACCGA